AUGGCACCUUUUGAAGCCUUGUAUGGUCGAAGGUGCAUAACACCUUUAUGUUGGCACGAAUUUGGUGAAAGUGUAGUGCUUGGACCUGAGAUUGUCCAACAGACUACUGAGAAGGUGAAGCUGAUUCGGGAGAUGAUGAAAGCUUCACAGAGUAGGCAGAAAAGCUACCAUGAUAAGAGGAAAAAGGAUCUUGAGUUUCAAGAGGGAGACCAUGUAUUCUUGAGAGUCAUUAUGUAUGUUCCAGAUCCGUCUCAUGUGAUUCUGAUGGAUGAUAUUCAGGUGAGGGAUAACCUUACAAUUGAGGCUCAGCCUAUAAGGAUUGAUGAUCGAGAACUGAAACAGUUGAGAGGCAAAAAGAUAGCUCUCGUGAAGGUAGUGUGGGGAGGCACUGCCGAAGGAAAUAUGGCUUAG